CAAAAAAUAUAUUUGAAAAUUGCAUUUUUUCGAAUCGAAAGCGAUGACUUAUUUGUACGAUCCUUAAUUAACAAAAAUAAUCCGACCCUCCUGUGCAAAAAUUGGCUCGACUAGAAAAAAAAUAUAUCAAACCUUAGCACGAAAUGUAUGAUCGACAGGGUUGUACAAGAAAUAGUGGUUUGGGCGAUACUUCAAUUAAUGUUCGUCGCACCAACCAUUGUGCAAAUUGCAACUUGUUAAUAGAGAGUCAAGAUUUGCACAUCUAUAAAUAGGCCAUACCAUGUUUUCUGAUCACACAAACAAGAUAAUAUGGCAACUACUACUAACAUUUUUUGUGCAAUUUUACUAUUUGUCUUUACUUUAGGUCCACACACAACUCAAUCCAAACCAAAUGUUACCCCUUUUGGCUUCCUAAAGAGCUUAGAAGGAAGUAGGAAGGGCCAAAAUGUAGCCGGUCUUCACCAGCUUAAAAGUUACCUUGUCAAAUUCGGGUACCUCGAGAAUAAUCGAGUGUCCGAAAAUGAGUUAACUAUCAAAAACGAUGAUGGAUUGUUUGAUGAGCACCUCGAGAAGGCGAUCCGGACAUACCAAAACAAUUACAGGUUAAAUACUACAGGGCAUUUGGAUGCUGCCACGGUGAAACAGAUGAUGAAACCUCGAUGCGGAUGUGCGGACAUUAUCAACGGUAGGAAUACGAUGCAACGGAAACACAAUACAAGUAGUAAGUCCAUGUAUGGAGCAUCGUUUUACGGAGUUAUAGGGACAAGAUGGACAUCCUCUGAAUUGACAUACCAAAUUCGGGUAGAGACCCUAAUACCCGGGUCCGAAAACAUGAGAUACGUAGUAGCGGAUGCAUUGAACAAAUGGGCAGAGUAUAGCCCGUUCAGCUUUCAAGAAGUUGGCGAGGGCAGCCGAUCCAAUUUAGUAUUCGGGUUUGCGGUAGGUGAUCACGGGGAUGGUUUCCCCUUUGAUGGGCGGGGUGGAGUAUUGGGUCAUUCAUUUCCUCCUCCUGAUGGGCGGUCACAUUAUGAUGCAAAUGAUAUUUGGAGCGAUAAUCCGGGUCAAUACCAAAUCGAUCUCAACUCCGUUGUGUUACAUGAAAUCGGUCACCUCCUUGGCCUCGGACAUAGUGCUGAUAUAAAUGCUGUGAUGCAUUCGGGUAUUAAUUAUGGUGAGAGGAGGAGAGUGCUCCAAGAGGAUGAUAUUCAGGGCAUUCAAGCGUUAUAUGGUUCAUAGUAAAGGGCCGUAGUGCUUAUAUGUUAGCUACAACAUGCGGGCGAGGCCCAAGCCCAUAUUUAACAAUAUAUGGGCUUUAAUUUAUUAGUAUGUGUUUAUAGAUGUGAUUAUAGAUUUAUAGUAUGACAAAUUCAAAAAUGUAUCAUUGAUUCAUAUAAUUUUAUGUAAAGGCCUAUAGGCGCAUAAUAUGAAAUAUAUAUGCUCAAUUUCUGUGAUUAAAA